CGGCACAUAGUUGCGCGAGUAGACGUCCGACCUGUGCGUGCACGCUCUGUACUGGCCGUUGUUUUUCUUCGCGACCAGGCACCGCGGCCGUCCCUGGACCGGUGAGUUUCUCCGGCUGGCAUCGGUCACACAAGUAUAGUUUCCCGCUGGAUCGAGAUUCGACGCAGGUGUGCGCCGUGUCCCACCGAAACGCCGCUUGGAUGAGCGCACUAGCCGCAAAUUACGUAUCGGAUGUCGGCUUUUAACCAAGGAUAAACAAUCGCGCCGGCACGGCCGAGCGCUUUCAGAGCACUUGCCAAAUGACGUAAUUACUCGCUGAGAACGCGCGAUUAAGGCGAUUCAUUAGGGGCGCUUUGGUGAUGUACGACAGCGCUAGCUGUUCGUACGCAGGUGCGCUCGACCUCAAGGGACCCACUGCGGGGAGCGGAGGAGGCGGCGGGGGCGGCGGCGGGCCCGCCUCCAACAACGCUGGGGCCUCCGGGCCGGCUUCCAACAACGGGAUCCUCGGCGCGGCCGGCAGCAACGCGACGGCUGCCGGCGUCAAGCAGGAGAACUGGCCGUACCGGGGCCUCAGCUGCGGCAGCACCUUCCAGCAGCUCAAGCAGAGCGUCGAGAAGGCCAAGCAGGCCCUAGCCGACCGGGGAGGCUACCUCGCCGGCGCGUUCUCGCCGCCGCCCAGGGCCAACCCCUCGGCCAUCUCGCCCACCGCUGCCAUCACAGAUGCCAGCAGUUCGUACAAGGGCGGCUGGAGCCACGCCGCCUCGCCAGCCCCUGGACAGGGAUAUGGAAGCAGCCUGUCCAAGUCGGCGCUGGACUCACACUCACACCUCCGGCAGCCUGAUCCGUAUCAGAUGUUCGGAGCGACGAGCAGCCGCCUGGCGAGUUCGGGCUCGGGCCAGAUCCAGCUCUGGCAAUUCCUGCUGGAGCUGCUGUCGGACUCGAGCAACGCCGCCUGCAUCACGUGGGAGGGCACGAACGGCGAGUUCAAGCUGACCGACCCAGACGAGGUGGCGAGGCGAUGGGGCGAGCGCAAGUCCAAGCCCAACAUGAACUACGACAAACUGUCCAGGGCGUUGAGGUACUACUACGACAAGAACAUAAUGACCAAGGUCCACGGCAAGAGGUACGCCUACAAGUUCGACUUCCAGGGCCUGGCGGCGGCGACGCAGCCCGCGGCGGCGGACCCGGCGGCCUACAAGUACCAGAGCGAGCUCUUCAUGUCGGGCUACGGGCACGCGAAGCUGAACCUGAUGCCGCCGCCGGCGGCCUCGGUCUCGGUCUCGGUGCCGGGCGGCCUCUUCCAGUCGGCCUCGAGCUACUGGUCGACGAGCCCCGGCGCCAACCUCUACACGGGGCAUCACACGGCCUCGGGCCACGUACCGCCCCAUCUGGGCAGCUACCCCCACUACGCAUGACCGGGGGCCGCCGAGCACUGGGGCGCCGCGCUCGGCACCCCUCGCUAGUCGGCUCCCGCCGCGUCCUCCGGCUGUCGCGACGACGCUAACAAACACCGAUUUAUCGCAAUUCCGCGGCGUCGCUCUCUUUCUGCGUGUGCCAUAUAUGCGAGCAGCUUGUGCGGAAGCCGUUGACGCUGCCAGGCCCUCCGGCCGAGUACACGCGGAUAAAAGGAACGUGCGACCCGCGCGUUGUAAAUAGCGAGACGUGUAAGUGACAUACCGAUACGUAAGCUAAUCGAGCGAGCGCGCGAGCGACGGAUACGGCGCCAGCUUGUCCCUCGGUCGCAAACAUUUCAUAGCUCGGAAAGUUGGUCAUAUCAGGCGAAUCGCGUAUCCGGCGCUCGCCGCCGAGUCCGAACUAACGAGAGAGUGUGUAUCAUAAUACGUAAGCUCUUCUAACAUAAUGAUGUAUUUGUUAUGUAUCAAAGCGCGCCAGGAGCAGCAAGAUAAAUAUAUAGCGAUUGUGUUAUUAUAUAUAUGUGUGCAAGGCUCCCGCGCGAGCGAGGGGAAAACAUGCCGCGAUUCCUAAUGAGUCGUAUACUGUAUCAUACCAACACUUAAGACCUAAGCAUUAAUAGAAAUCACUAUAUAUUAACGCGGUUAGUGAUGCGCCCCAUCGGCUUCGCGCAAUUGGACCGGACGCUCUUUUGACUCUUUUGGCUCUUAGUUGCAGCGUAGAAUGUAUGAUUUAUCGAUAUAUCUAUAUAUAUAUAUAUAUAUACACACACCCAAAGACGAAGCUCUCCAUGUAGCUGCGGUUACCUUAUAUUAUUUAUCCUUGUUACGUUUUCAGAGUUUCUAUAUCGCGUCUGAGCAGAGGAGCGUCCAAAGCCGCGAGGUGCGAGUCGAGGCACCGAUGUAGAUAGGGUGUUUUCGUGUGUAGCGCAUAGCAGCGUUUAGAUGAUCUAGUCCUUAUUCGGCGUGUAUAAAUGGCUGUGCGAGUGAUCGCGAAGCGAAGAAAUACCAAAGACUCACCCAAUCUACUCGCUCUCUCUCUCUCUCUCGUUUACUAUUUAUAUAUAUAUAUAGCUUCACUUUGCCUGAAGCGCAGAAUUGAUAAAACAGACGGAAUAAUAUAUAGUGUAUAAAACGAAGAUCGAAUUUUCAUUUUUUAAUCGAUGGCGUCAUCGUAAGUUUAUAAAGCAAAGCAAAAAAGGCGACGAGAGCUGGAGUGAUAUUGAGCAUGAAUAAAAAGAGGACACUGCACAGAACGCGCGGAGCGAGCGAAUACGAGAAACUUUUUAUGAGUGCAUGAUAUGCGAAUAGCAAUAAUCAUUUUAAAAGUCGAAAAAGUAUGAAAAUCACUUGGCAGUAAUAAAAGUAUUUGUUGUAAAUAAUAUAUCUAUGUUUUUCAGCGUACGUUUUCAAGCCCCAACCAUACGAUCCAAAAUAGCUAAUCAUGAAUGUGUCGAAUUAUUUGUUACCACCCUGAUACAAUGUUCAUCUUAAAUAUGAAAUAAAUGUCAUUCAUCGUUCGUAUGAAAUCAUAAUAAAAACAAAGUUUUAUUGUA